AUGGAAAGGCCCGGAGGUCGCCGAGGCCACUUUCCGUCCCCCGGGGAGGGGGAAUGUGAGGGGGUGGUACAACGAGUUCCGGCCGCGGGCUCGGGCGCGCCCGGUGGAGUGAAGCGCCGCGCGCUCGAAGCGCUCACAGAGUUAAAGUGGGCGGGAAAACCCGGAGCGGACUCUUCGGUAGCACGCCCGAGCCCUCCCACCCCGCUCUUCGUGGGGGAGGGGACGGGCACGGCAGGAGUCUCCGUCCCGGGCUCCCGACACCCCCCCACGGAAGAAACAGGUGUCCGCCGGUCCCCUCGGGGGACCCCCGCAGGCCUCGCGGGGCCGGGUGGCGCGGGGAGGGCAGGCCAGCCCCUCCUCUGCCAGCGUGCGCACCGUCGGGGCCGGGCGCGCGGUGGCGGCGAACCUCCCGAGCCGGCGGGCGGGUGGGAGGAGCGCGACGCGCAUGCGUGCGGUGGGAGCGCGCGUCCCGCCCCCUUGCCCGAGCGACUUCGCUCCUCCCCUCCCCCCACGUCCCUCGGCCGCCACCUCCGCGUCUCCCCCGCAGCCCGCGCGCUCUCCUCCGGGGAGGUGGCCGGUCCUGCCCGUCCACUGACUAUAACCCCUUCACCCCAGUUUCGCCCCGCCUCCGCCGAGCUCCGGUACAAACUCCGCUGCCAAGGGCUCGGCUUUAGCAUUCCCGCCUCCGCCCUCUCUCUCUCCCUCCCAACCCUAGAGCACUUCCUGCAAACUGCCCGGCUGCGCUGCCGCUGCUGCUUUCCGUUGCGGGCGCGGCACCACCCUGUACCCCGGCUCCCUCUACUUAGCCUGCUCCAUUUUACAGAUGGGGAACUCAAGGUCGACCCCUGGGAGUUUUGUUUUUUCCAAAAUGAAGCACGGGAACUGCCAUCCUGGAAGGAUAGUCUUACAGCCCAGCCUGGUCUGGAAGUCACUGAGGAACUGUAUGGUCUACAUGUGGCACAGAAAACAUGUGGAAGUCAGAGAGCUGUCUGUGGGAGCUGGUUCCUGCCUUCUACCAUGCGGGCCUCAGGGAUGGAUUUGGGUUCUCAGGCUUGGGGGCAAGCACUUCACUGCUUAACUGUCCUCCUGCCUUUUGUUAUAUAACCGCAUGAGCUUGUG